ACCUUUCUUUUAUACAUUUUUUAUGUAUUAUAUAUAUUUAUGUAUUAUGUAUUUAUAUAUUUUUUAUGUAUUUCUUUUAUGUAUUAUAAACGAUCGAACUUGUUUUUCGAGAUAUUCACAAAAAGUUUUGAUUUUGUUGAAUUAUUCUAUCUAAUAAAUAAAUAUAUAAAAAUAUUUUAUAAAAAACUACAGAAAACAUAUAGAAAAAUUAAUUUAUUAUGAAAUAUAUUAUGAAAUAUAUUCAUUAUGAAAUAUUAUUAUGAAAUAUAUAUAUAUAUCUACUAUGUCAUUUGGAAAAAUUAUUUAUAAAAUAUAUAUCUCUUACGAUAUAUAAGAACAUAAAAAAAACAAUAAAAUUAAUCAAAUAUUAAGGUCAUAUCGAGCGCAUCUUUAUAAAGUUAAUAUAGACAAAGAAAACAAGUAGAGAGAAAGGAAUAGAAAUAGAAAAAAUUGUAAAAAAAAAAUAGAAAUAAAAUACAAAUUGAUUAUCAGCACUAUCUCGGGAAUAUUAAAAACAUCUUUUUAAAAAUAGAAUAAAGUAGAAUAAGAAUUAAGAAUCAGCAUCAUCUUUUGAGCGCUUUUAAAAACAUGAUUCUAUAAAAGAAAUAUCUUUAAUAUUCAAGAGAUGGCGUUGUGAAUUUCUAUUCUAUCUCUAGUUUUCUUUCACUACUUUUUAUUCUUUCUUUAUAUGUUUCAUUUGCAACACUCUGGAGAUGGCGUUGAUUUCCAUAUUUUUAUUCCAUCUAUGUUCUUUUCUCAUUAUUUUGCUUUCCUUGUCUAUAUUAGUUCUUGGCGCGUGACUGUGACUACGGAUAAAGUGAAAAGUAUAAAUUGCUUAUAUCAAGAAUUUCCAAAGUCUUAUAAUGAUAAAUUUGAGAAACAGUAUAAUUAUAACUAUCAUUGAUUGAUUAUAAACUUUUGAAAAAAAAAACAAAUGACUUCUUUAAUAGAAUUUUUAAAUUCAAUUAUGUAGUCAAUUUUAUUUUGACGUUCAUUUGAAAAAUAAACACUAGUGUCAUAUUCAUAUGAUUAUAAUAAUUCAAUGAAACUUCACACAAUAUCAUAUAAGAUAUGUAAUAAACCCUAAUAAUAUGAUUUAAAAACAUAUUUAAAACACAAUUUUAAUUUAAUUUCUUAGUUAUGGAUAGAUUUUUACAUAUUGAUUGGAAUUGUCCGUUGGAAGACAUAAUAGAUAAUACUUUUAUUAAUGAAGAAAGAUUAGAAAAAGAAAGUGUGAUGCAUAGGAUUAUGACUGGAAAUUUUACAGAUCCAUUUAAAAAUAUUGAAGAAGAUUAUCAAAAUGUUAAAAUCAAUUUGAUCAAAGAUAUUGAUCCUGAUUUAAAUGAAGAAAGUAAUAAUGACAUUGAAGUAAAUGAAGGAGAAAAAGAAUGUGAAUCUAAACAAAUAAAUAAAGUCAAAUGUUAUGUACCUGGUAUUGUUAAAUCAAUAUUUAAGUUUCCUAAGAAGUCUCUAUUAGACAAAGAACAACAAGCAAUGUGUUUAAGAGUCUUAUUAAGAUUUUCAAAAUCUGGUAAACCAAAAUUAACACGAAGAGAAAGAGAAGAAUUACAGAAAUAUAUGGAUUUGAAACAAAUAAUAUCUCAAGAACAAGAUGAAUUUUUAGAAUUUGCAAAAAGCAAAUGGCAUGAAAGAUCAUUCAAAAUUAUAUGUGAAGAUUAUAUAAAUUUACAUUGGAAAUCAAAAUUACAAUAUAUUUAUGAAUUACCUAGAUAUUAUACAGAAGUAACAAGCAUUCCAUUUGUAGCAGAUAAAAACAUUGAUAUAACAUUUAUUUCUAACUGUUUACAACUAGGUACAUUACAAAAGAUAGAGUUACCAACUUUCACUAAACCAUGUAUGCUGAGAAUAAAUUCAGAACAAUUACGAAAAAGAUUUUCUUCUAAUCAAAAUAAUUCUAAUAAGUCUUCAUUUUCUUAUAAAUUACCUGUAAGCGAAGAUGUAAAUUGUCAAAAAUUGGCUGAAAGUAAUAAUGUGGAUUUGGUAAUUUCAUCAAGUGGCCUUAAGUGUUUGGUAAAUAAUAUUGGACCAACAAAUCCAAACUCAUGGAUUUUACCUUUUAUAAUAAAAAAACAUAAUGAUAAAAAUGUUAUCUAUAUAGAUAAACCAGCACCACCAGUUGCUAGUACUAUACCAGAAAAAAAUACUUGGGUAUAUAAAUACAUUCUUAAAUAUUUCUUUUUCCAUACAAAAAAUUUACCUUCACACAAUACUAGUAAUGAAGAACAUGAAGAUAAUAUAUUUGGAGAUAUUAAUUCUGAAGAACUAUUAAAAUUAGAAGAAAAAUAUGAAAAUAUUUCUACAAAAAUUAACAAUGAAUCACUUUCAAAUAUGUCAGAAAAGAAUAAGAACUUUGAAGAAAUUUUAACAGAAGAAGAUAUUAAAAGUAAUGUAAAUUCUUCUGAAAUAAUAAAUUGUAAAGAAUAUUUACAUAACACAUCUAAUUUUUAUAAUGAUAAUGAUGAAUCUUCUAUGAAUAAUGAAGGUAUAGAAAAUAAAUGCUCUGAGAUGACAGAAGAUAAUGUAUCAUAUAAAUUAUUUACCAUUGGACAACUUACAGAACAAAAUGAAUUAAUGAAAAAUAUUACCAGAGAAUAUAAAAUAUUAGUUCGAACAAAAACAGAUGGAUUUGAGAUUUUACGAAAUAAAGUGCAAAGAUUGUUAUUAUUAACACCAAAAUUAGAGCAUCAAGUUGAUUUUGGUGCUGAAGCUGUAACAUUAGAAGAAGCAUUGAAACAAUGGAUAUCUCUAAUUUUUAGACCUAAUACAUCGCUUGCACGAGUUCGAAUAUCUGCAAAAACAUCGGAAAUAUUGCAAAUAGAAUAUCGCACAGCAAUGUCUAUAAAUAACGAAAUCAAGAGACUUUUUAAUAUAAAAGUUGAAGAUUCUUUAAUAAUUUUGCAUAAUGUUAUUCAAUCUCUUGCAAAUCUAUCUCCAGGACAUUAUAUUAUGAGACAUACAGUUAGAAAUGGAGCAUUCGCUACUGUUUUUAAAGUAGCAGAAAAUCCAGGGAAAAAUAUUCUUGAUAUGCAUACAAUUUAUGGUGAACAAUUUCAUACUUUAUCUAAUUCUUCUUGGAUUCCAUUGGAUAAAACCAUACCAACUCCAAUGCUUAAAUGUUUUGAAAGAAUGCCAGCUAUGUUUUAUCCAUUAAUUAAUACAUUUCGUAAUAAUAAAAAAUGUAAUACAUCUAAAGGAUCUGUUCGUAGAAGUUUGAGAAAUAAGAAAAAAAAAAAUAAUUAAGUUUUAA